AAUAUUAUCAGAGCUAUUUUGUCUUUUAAAAAGCCGGCAAACUUCCCGGAAAUAUUUCCGGCGAGUGUUAAAUUAUUUCAUCUACAAGUAUGGAGAAAGUGAAUGAGCGUCAACCUUUUUCAGAAAUACCCAGUGCCUUGUUAUGGGAAAUUCUUGGUAGAGUUCCCAACAAGACAUGUUUGACUUGUAAGCUUGUUUGCAAAGAAUGGUAUCAUAUUGUUGUCAAUCGAGAAUUCUCUUAUUUUCACCGCCAUCGUAAAGCUUCCUCUUUUGCCUUGUUGUUUCAUAACGUUUGGAGUGAUGGUGAGGGGUUGGUUUUCAAUUUGGUUGAGAUCGAUAAGGAAUUGGAUGUCGAUGGUUCGCGGAAAUGUGUUGUGGGUGUUGAUCGUAUGAUUACGGUUCACCCGAAAAUUGACACCUCUAAUGACAUAUGUACUACGUGGGGGGAAGAAGGAAAAUCUAAGGAGUGUUAUUGUGGGGAGAAGAAGGCAGCCGCUGAUCAAUUCGCCGUUAUCGCUGCCGCCGGUCGCCGGCCUCCGUUCAUUUUCUUUGUUGAUACGAUCCGUCUGAUUUGUUCAAUUAUUGAGAUGCAAAAUGUCAAACAGCAUCAACCUUUUUCUGAAAUCCCUUCUGUCAUAUUAUGGGAAAUUCUGGGCCGAGUUCCGAUUAAGACGUGUUUAGCUUGUAAGCUUGUUUGCAAAGAAUGGUAUCAUAUUGUUGUCACUCCAGAAUUCUCUUCUUUCCGCCUCCGUUGUAAUGCCUCUCGAUUCACCACCAUCUUGUUUUAUAACGGGUGGGUUUCUGGUGGCGGGGGUGUGGAUUUCCACAUGGUCGAGUUUGAAAAGGCCUUGGAUGUGGAUGAUUCGGAUAAUGAUGUGGGCGUUGAUGAUCUGAGUAUUAUUAAGGUUCUACAAAAAUUUGGCGCACCCGGCCAAAGAUUGCACGUGAGCUCUCAAUGCAACGGGGUUGUUUGUUUGGAAAAUAACAACGAUGACUACUUUGUGUGCAAUUUGCUCACCUCCCAGUGUGUGAAUGUCCUAAAUGUGCAUCAACUGAAGAAGCAGUAUGAAAUAAUCAGUUGUGAAUUGGGGUGUUGCCCGACGUCAGGCCAAUUCAAGGUUCUUAUUAUGCUAUGGGACACGGCGAAGAAGAUCCAACUGGCAAAAAUACAGACUUUGGGUAAUGGUGAAUGGAGGAACGUGGACAAUGUGCCCUUGAGGAUGCUGAGUGGUGGUGGGUGUUAUCUAAAUGGGUCUAGUCACUGGUGUGGUCGCACCUACAUAUGGGUCUUUCAUUUUGGGACGGAGAUGUUUAUGCGAAUGCCCAUACCUGACAAUAUCACCAGUGCGAACUAUACGAAGCAAACGAAAAAAUUGAGUGUUUUAGACUCUUGCCUGUGUUUGAGAUGUUUCUCCCAAUCCCCAGACAAGAGUCAUGGUAUUGUUGAGAUGGACAUAUGGAUAAUGAAAAAGUAUGGUGUCAAAAGUUCUUGGGUGAGGCAAGUUGUCAUAGUAACCAAAGCAAUGAGUGUGCCUAUGGUGCAUAUGGAUAAGGGAAAGAUACUUGUAAGGACUGGAGUUAAAUUGAAUUUAUAUGAUCCGCAAACCCAGGUUUCUAAGGUAGUGAAAUAUGAGCUCAAUCGGGUUUGUAGUUACCUGGUGCCGUUCGCGGCAUUUGAUGCAAGAUUCUCUAGGUUUUAAAGAUUCAGAUGAUGAAGAAGGUGAAAGAGGAUGAACCCAUUUCAAAAAUACCCUCCGCCAUGUUGUGGGAAAUUCUG